GGCCUGGUGCUCAGCCCCGCGGGCGCGCAGUGCGUGUCCCCGGCAGACAGGCAGCUGGUGGCCCGGUCCGGGAUCGCUGUUAUAGACUGCUCGUGGGCCAGACUGGACGAGACACCCUUGGAGAAGAUGCGGGGCGGCCACACGCGGCUGCUGCCCUACCUGGUGGCUGCCAACCCCGUCAACUACGGCCGGCCCUGCAGGCUUUCCUGCGUCGAGGCUUUUGCUGCCACCUUCUGUAUUGUGGGCUUUCCAGAUCUUGGUGUCAUUUUGCUGCAGAAGUUUAAGUGGGGCAAGGGCUUCUUGGACCUGAACCGCCACCUCCUGGAUAAGUACGCUGCCUGCAGUGGUCCGGAGGAGGUCGUACAGGCAGAACAGGCGUUACUGGCAAGCGAGAAGGACAGGCCCCCGGAGGAGGAAAUCGAUCCCUUUGAUGUGGAUUCAGGUCGAGAGUUUGCAAACCCCAACAGACCUGUGGCCAGCACCCGACUGCCUCUGGAAACAAGUGACAGUGACGAGUCUGAGGAUCAGGGGCCUGGCUCUGAGGACGGAGGCGGCGGCAGCAGCAGCUGCUCGGAGGAGGAGGAGGAGGAGGAAGCGGCGGAGCAGGAAGAGGGGGAGGAAGAGGAGGCAGCGGCGGCGGCUCCUGGGGCCAGAGCCCCAGCCCCAGCUUGGAAAGGAAUUAAGAAACGGCAAAGAGACUGAAGGUUGCAGACACGACAUUGUUGAGAGAACUGUGGAGGUCCAGCGACGGCAGUGGGACGUGGGGUGGACAGGCCUGGCAGCACCAGCCCGCUGCAGCCGCCCGCAGGGCUGGGCCCCACCUUGGGCUCUCCGCAAGCCGCAGGCCUUGGAAGGGCCUCCGGCGCAAGUCUGGGCACGGAGGGUCGGGAGUGCGCUGCCUGCUGGGGUGCGCAGCGGGGGCCGGGCUGUGCUUGCAUGCACGUGUGCGGAGGGCAGCCGAGGGACACCGAGCUCCUUGUCCUGCUCGCCAGCCUCUGGGACCCCGGGAGACCUCCCGAAGCUUGGGGCCAGACGGGGCCCCGGAUGAGCACGCGCAGCCUGCCGCCUCCUGUGAGCUGC